UUCUUAAAACCGAUGUCAAAAAGACCACCACCACACACCACCAUCCCCUCCUUCCACCUUUAAUUAAAAUUUUCUCACUGAUUCUCUUUCUUUCGACAAAAUCUGCAGUCGAUACAUGUUACAUUGUUAGGUGUGUUUUUCCUCUGUUAUUUGCCUUUUUUUUUUUCAUACCCUACGUCCAUUUUCAUCGUUUAAAGUCUUGUUCUGGACAACACUCCAUUAAAUUUCACCUACUCUCUCUCUCUCUCUCUCUCUCUCUCUCUCUCUCUCUCUCUCUCUCACACACACACACACACACACAGAGAAUAGACGCGUAAUGCACUCUCAACAGUGUGUUCUUGUGAUGCAUCUCCUUUGAUUUAGGUUCUAUUGGACUUCAGUUUCUCUUUCUCGUUAAGUUUUGAGUAGAAUCUUGAAAACGGGAUCUGGGUGUGCUAAAAUACCUUGUUUUACAUCUGGGGUUCCACAGAUUUUGGGGAAAAGCUCAAAAACCUGAAGAUCCAAUUAAAAAUCUAUUCUGGGUCAUCUGCGUGGAUUAUUUGAUUUCAGAAAGAUCAAAUCUUUUUCAAGAAAACCCUUUCUAAAUCUUUGUAUUUAUGGUUAAAUCAAUAAUGGGUAGCCAUAAUUUGCUUUAUCCAAUACUUGGAUUUGCAUCUUGUCUUGUUUUUCUUUACCUAUCUUUUGGGGAUUUCUUAUCUGUAAAUUACAAAACUGACCCCAAAUUGAGUUUUGUGGAGAGGAAUGGGACUAAUUUCAUCGUCGAUGGUAAACUUUUCUACAUCAAUGGUUGGAAUUCGUAUUGGUUUAUGGAUCAUGCUGUUCAUGAUUAUAGCCGUCCAAGAAUCAGAGAAAUGCUUCAAGCUGCAGCUAAAAUGGGGUUGACAGUGUGUAGAACUUGGGCUUUUAACGAUGGUGACUAUAAUGCCCUUCAGAUUGCUCCUGGACAAUUUGAUGAGAGGGUAUUCAAGGCAUUGGAUUAUGUGAUUGCAGAAUCAAGACAAGUUGGAAUUCGGCUUUUGUUUAGCCUGGUUAAUAACCUCCAAGCAUAUGGUGGCAAGACUCAGUAUGUGAAAUGGGCAUGGGAUGAAGGUGUUGGUUUGAGUGCCUCUAAUGAUUCCUUCUUCUUUGAUCCAUCAAUUCGCCUUUAUUUUAAGAAUUAUGUCAAGACCAUAUUGACAAGGAAGAACUCCAUCACAGGAGUUGUGUACAGGGAUGAUCCCACUAUCUUUGGGUGGGAGUUAAUUAAUGAGCCUCGUUGCAUCACUGAUGCUUCUGGUGACACCCUACAAGACUGGAUAGAAGAAAUGUCGUCAUUUAUAAAAUCAAUCGACAGAAAACAUAUGUUGACUAUUGGGCUUGAAGGGUUUUAUGGCCCAAAAAGCCCAAAGAAAGAUUCAGUCAAUCCAGAAUUUUGGGCUGCUGAUCUUGGAGCUGAUUUUAUUCGUAAUUCUGCACCCUCCACCAUUGAUUUUGCCUCUGUUCAUAUAUAUCCUGACCAUUGGUUUAAAAAGAAGAGUCUUGAAGGAAAACUAAAAUUUGUUGCCAAAUGGAUGCGUUCCCACAUUGAAGAUGGGGACAAAGUGUUGAAGAAACCCGUGAUGUUUACAGAAUUUGGUUUAUCAGAUUUAAACAAAGGCUUUAACCCUUCACAAAGAGACCAAUUCUACAAAACUGUAUAUGAUGUCAUUUAUGAAUCUGCAAAGAAAAAGGGGGCAGGUGGAGGAUCUUUUGCAUGGCAAUACUUUGUGGAAGGAAUGGAGGAUUAUAAUGAUGAUUUUGGAAUAGUGCCAUGGAAGAGAGCUUCAACUUAUGAGAUUAUAACAAAACAUACGUGUGAGUUGGCAAAAGUUCAUGGGAGGAUUGAGUCUCAAAACUUGAAACAACUUUGUAGUCAUUAGUGAUGAACAAGGGGUUUUGAUUAUUUAUUGUCUUCUUGAUCUAAAUAAUUUGAUUUGUUUUGUGGGGGUUUGAGGUUUUGGUUGAUUAUAGGGGAUGAUGAUGGUGUUUGGUUUUUUGUGUAAGCCAUGUUGUUCCCAUGUUUUAUAUAUAGUUAGUUUUAUGAAAUGCAAAUUGUGAACGUUAUGUGAUUCA